AUGGGCAAUGUUCCUGGCAGGAAUGACAACAAAGAUGAUAACAAACAAGGAUUGGCAGGCAUCCCAGGAGCACAGGUAAAUAAUGCAACUAAUAACACUAGUAACAAUAGCCCAGCCAGUGCGAACCCCCAGCCAAUAGACCAGAAACCUGUUAGAUGUAAGGCAGAUCUGAACUCACAGACCCCAAGUCAGACCCCCAAUGAGUCAAACCCUCCAGCAGACACAUCCAAGUUUGUUGCUGUGCUGGCCUUUUUGGCACCUGCUAAGGCGAAGACUGAGACAGAGUUUUUGACAAAGUGUGACUCAAAGGAGGAUAUAAGAGAGGGGACCUCUGGUGAGCAAGAGGAGGAAGAGGAGGCAUUUAAUGUUCCAGACUUGGCAAACAUGCACAGAUCUCAGUACAUGAAUGAGAAGAGUGUUGUGAGGUUGGCUGCCAAGAGAGAGAAUGGUUCCAAUGAGUUUAAGAGUGCUAUGAGGAAGGUUCUGUUUCUAGGCCAGGGACAACCAGAUCAACAAGAGGAAGAGGAGGAGGAUGACAUCCAGGACUCCAAAGAGGUCAGGGAAAAUAGGAAGGAAUACUCAAGGGAAUCAGCUUAUAAGAAGGCUAAAGCCAAAGUUUCAAGCAUGUUCUGGAUCUGGGAUGAUUUUAUCCUUGGUUAUGCUGGUUUUAAUGUCUCUGAGAAUAUUACAACUCUUACCUUAAAGGCCAUGGCCACGGUGGAGAGGCUUUUCUGUUUGUUGGAAGCUCACGGUGCCCGCCAGUCCGUGGAAGGGCUGGAUUGGGCCCGUGAGAACUGGAGUAACUGUCAGAGUGUGGCGGACGGGAUUGUGGCCCUGCAGAAGGAGGCACGGGCCAAGUCGGGAAAGGGCAAAGCCUUCAUCUGUGCUGUUUUGGGUGCGUGUUUGGCCGCUUCAAUAGAUGAAAAGCAAAGCCAAAACGGACGAGAGAAUAAAAUCAUUUCCUCCUUGCAGGAUCUGGUAGAUUCCCUGCAAGGGCAUAUUGUAACUUUAAAAGAUGAAGUGGCAGAUCUUAAGGAUAGAUUAAAAACAGAACAGAAGUGGCAAAAGUGGUUUUUGAAGGAGGAAGAGUUAAAGCAGACAGAGCCUGCCUGCAUAUACCCCCAGGCAGAACUGGCAGCAGCAGAGGAAGCUGCUGCUCACAUGCGUCCUCUCAUUAAAACUGAGAUGCUGUAUGAGGAUGAGGAUGGCACCCCUGCCAUCACAACCAAAGAGAUACCCUUUUCUUCCACUGAGCUGGCCAAACUGCGUAAAGAGUUCACACGUUCGGCUGGAGAGUCUGAGGUGGAAUAUGUAUGGCGUGUGUCUAAAACCGGAGGUGAUCAAAUUAGAUUGACAGAAGCUGAAGCUACGGGCUAUUGGGGUGCUAAUGUGUUCCUAACUAUGGGAAAUAGGAGUGGUCCCUGGAGCCUUACUCAGCGAGCAGCUUUCUGGGCUGGGGGCUUUGAUUCAAAGGAGAGAGGAGAGCCUCUAGUUCUGAGGGGAGGCAUGAAUCAGAUGAUGGAAAAUGUGCAGAAGGCAGCUUGUUUGCAAAUGGUCUAUGAUCGAGAACUGAAACAUUAUUUUGAAUCGCCCCUUUCUCUCUUGGUGGACCCAAAGCGAAUGACUCCUUUGGUCAGGGGACUUCCUGACUCCCUUAAGAUGAAAGGCAUCCAGCUUCAAAAGGAGAUAGCUGACACCCCACUUACCUCCCGAAUACAAGCUGCUCUGAGGGAGAACUUAACACCCGGGAGGAACCAGCCUGAUUGCAGACAAUGGAUGUGGGAAGAGGUGGCCAGAGAGCUAUUGGACUAUGCCAGGCAGUAUGGGGUGCCUGAGGAAGUUCAUAAGCCUGAGCCUAGAGGCUUGAGGCAUGUGAAAAUUAAUCACCCACUGCCAAGUGCAGACCCCCGGAGCCAGAUGCUUCGAAUCCCCAAACGACACUCGACUGGGGGAAGAGAGCACCUGAACACUAGACAGUAUUGGUGGGGGCUUGGCCGAAAGAAAGGUAUCCCAAAAGAAGUGAUUGAUGGGUUAUCUUCAGUGCAGUUGGAAAUCGUUGUAAAAAACUGGCCAGAGUCUAGCCAGAAACUCGAACCCACUGCACCCCCCUUGAUAGACUUAUCUGAUGUGGGGAAAGGCGUGCCCCCUUCUCAGCCUCAGAGGAGCUGAGAGCUUCACCCCUCUGUGGUGAGUGGGGGAGGUGAAGCCUAGAGAUCUGUGAGCUCACCAAUCAAUUGCAAAUUGUACAGGGUUUG